AAGAAAAUAUUAAGGCAGAUACUCACAGAGGUUAUUGUCGAGAGAUUCAGGUCGAAACUCUCUCUUCGAUUCCUUCGGCGAGGAAUCGGCGCGUUCCCUGCGGAGGCUUCCAGGGAGAAGAAGCACAGAGCCCACGUAGCGGCCAUCUUUCUUUUUUUAUUCUGGUCGGGGGUCCGGAACCGGCGCGGACAGUGUGGCCAGCUAGCCCGGCCGUUCCCCAGCUAGCGGUCAUGUCCGCAGCCGUGUCCGUCGGUCCUUGAGGCAUAUACGAAACACAAGCAAACGAGCCGAACGAUUAGCUGUGAUUCUGCUGUCCGGUACGAGACACGGUACCGUACAGCACGGUCCGGUACACUAGCCAAGUGGGCUUAGUUGGCUUCACUGCGGACCACUUGGUGACCGCGCGCGCGACGGGAUCAAGAUGCCGGCCGAUUCCGCGGGAAGCGGGAUCAGUCGCGAGGAAGAAGCAAUGCCGUUAGUAGCAGGAGGAUCCGAUGAACGUGCGGGUGACUCGGAUCAACAACGCACUGCUUCAGUGGGUGUCAGUGGGAAACGUCAGAAUGUUUCGGUCAAGUUCUCGCUGCCGAUCGCGUUCAUCUCGAGCGAGAAGUUGGACAAACUCGGUCCCGGCGAUGACGUGUGGCCGAUACUCAGAGAGAGCAUGCAGCGACGCUCCAAGGCUGCCAAGAACAGCAAGAAUAAGCGAGCGCCUCGCAAAUUCCGCGACCUGGUUCGCAAUUUCUUGGCCAAGCGCGAGUGGCUCAUAGGAACCCAGAUUUUAGCAGCUUUGGCAGCGUCUUUUGGUAACCUGAUGGUCGGGAUGCAUUCGGCUUACACUUCUCCAGCUUUGGUUUCCAUGAACUCUACGGACAGUUGGAUCCGUCCUACUCCAGAUGAGAUUUUAGCAGCUUUGGCAGCGUCUUUUGGUAACCUGAUGGUCGGGAUGCAUUCGGCUUACACUUCUCCAGCUUUGGUUUCCAUGAACUCCACGGACAGUUGGAUCCGUCCUACUCCAGAUGAGGAAAGCUGGAUUGGCAGUUUGAUGCCAUUGUGCGCUCUUUGUGGUGGAAUGGUUGGAGGAACCCUCAUAGAGAAGUUGGGCAGGAAGAGGACCUUAUUGGGACUAUCUUUACCCUUCUUCCUCUCAUGGCUGUUGAUCGCGUUCGCCCAGGAUGUGCUCAUGAUCUACGCGGGCCGAGCAGUGGCCGGACUCAGCGUCGGCGUGACGUCCAUGGCUGUGCCAAUUUAUUUGGCGGAAGUGGCGCAGGCCGACAUCCGGGGCCGACUGGGCAUCUUGCCCUCCACCAUCGGCAACUCUGGAGUGAUGUUUAUUUACGUGUUUGGGGCAUUCCUAAACUGGUCCACUUUGGCCAUGGUGUGUUCUAUUGUUCCGGUGCUGUUCUGCAUUGGCAUGGCCUGGGUGCCAGAAACCCCGCGAUGGUACCUGUCUAAAGGUAAAAAGAAGCGGGCUUUCCGAGCACUGCAGUGGCUGCGGCCUGCUGACCACGACGUCGUGGCCGAGAUGCAGGAGAUGGAGGCCCAGCAGGCCAACUCUGCGGCCAUCGCAGGUGGCCCAAAGUUGCGCGACCUCAUCUCCCCGCUGAACGCCCGCGCCCUGUUUGUCAGCCUGGGGCUCAUGUUCUUCCAGCAACUCUCCGGCAUCAAUGCCGUCAUCUUCUACACUCUCAAAAUUUUCGAAGCAGCGGGAUCCACGGUCGACAAGGAUUUGUCGACCAUCAUCGUGGGCUCUGUGAACAUCGGCGCCACGUUGCUGUCGAAUGCCGUCGUGGAUCGAUGGGGUCGGAAGUUGCUCUUGUACAUUUCCGGCCUGGGCAUGACUGCGGCUCUCAUGGCUCUGGGAACCUACUUCUACAUCAAGGCUCAUGCUUCCCCAGAGACGGAAGAGACUUUGCGGGUGUUUGGGUGGCUCCCUCUGGUGGCGUUUGUGGUCUUCGUGGUCGCCUUCAGCUUCGGGUUCGGGCCGGUGCCCUGGCUCAUGUUGGGCGAGAUUUUCCCGUCCCGGAUCCGCAGUUUGGCAGCCAGCGUCACGGCGGCUUUCAACUGGGCCUGCACUUUCAUUGUCACCAAAAACUUCCAGGGCAUGAUUGAUGGACUGGGCAUCCACGGCGCCUUCUGGCUCUUCGGCUCCAACUGCCUAGUGGCGACAUCUUUCGUCUUCCUCCUCGUUCCCGAAACAAAGGGUCGCACGCUGGAGCAGAUCGAAGAGCGGUUGUCCAAGAGUUCCGGUCGGUACACGUUCACCAAGACCCCCGAACCCGGGCGUGACAAGGCCAAGCGAGAGAAGAAGGCCAAGCGGGAAAGGCAACUCCAACUCGAGGCCCAAUUGCGAGGCUCGCCUGAUGCUGCUGCUGCUGCUGCAACGACGGAGGCGGUGGACGUGGAGUUGGGAGAGGCGGCGGAAGUGGCGGCAGGUGAGAAUGACGACAGUAGUGUGCCGACGACCGUCGACAGCCGAGUGCAGGACCUGUCGGAAAGUGUAGGCAUUGCUGCUGCUGCUGAGAGUAAGAAGGUGACUGGGCACGAUGAGGAUGCUGACUUGCAGGACUGAAGCGACAUCUAUUAAUUCGGAAUUCGACGGAAUCGAAACGUUGCGGGAUGAUGUCGUUAGAACACUCUUUAAAGACUUCCAAAUAAGUCCUUGUAACGACGAUCAGCAGUUUUUCC